AUGAAAGGAGACGUUUCCGUCAACGACGACGUGUUCAUAAUGACUCUUAGCGAUGUUCUUUUUCUUUUAGAAAAACCCGCCUUCGCGGGGCUCCCUGCGCUGGGUAUCCGGUGUAUCAGGGUUUCUUUUAGAAAUGUGCAGCAACACACAUCUUUACUCUUCGCCGGCCGGAGUUGGAGCCACGUCGCCGACGAGCAGACGCUGACCGUUGACGCACCUCCCACCUCGGCGCCUCCGUCGCAGCCGCACCACGCCUCCUCCAUCCCGACACCUCGCCCGCCGCACCUCCGUCUCCAAAAAGAGCCAGUGUCCGCCUUGUUGGUCGUUGCUUACCGCGCUCGUCUUGGCAAUGGCAAUGGGGGGUUCCGCGGGAUCGACGUCGACGACUCUCUUCCCGACUGGGAGUGGAGGCCUUGCCGCAAGAUGGGGGUGCCAUCUGAUUCUGAGGUCAGAUGCUCAACGGACUUGACCUCCUCAUCUCUUAGUUAUCUAUCUCUCUUGUUAUUUUUUCCGUCACUUGGAUUUAAGGACAUGUUUGGGACUGUUUUGCUCCAUCAAAAUCAGCUCCGCUUCAUCAAAUUCACUUUAAAGCAGUUUCAUAUAGGAGUUGCAACCAUUUCAAGAGAAUGUUUGAGUGAGGAGAGCGAUGACGACCCUGCCCCUGAUGAUGUUGUACAACAUGAUACCUGGAAUGUUGCUAUAUUACAUCGCUCUGCACCCAGCCGCUUCAUAUGUUCAGACUUCAGACAAAAAAAUACAACAGUUUCACCAAAUAGCUGUUAUUCGCCAGCCAUGAUUUCUAUCUCUUUGCAGGUUCAGAGCUCCAGGGAUAAUGUUCAUGUUUAUGAUUUCCAUAUUGUCUACAGCUUUUCUUACAAGGUUCCGGUGCUAUAUUUUCAAGGUCUUCAGUCUGGUAUGCACAUCCCGUAAAAUUGCUAUAUAUUUACUUCCUCUGUUCUCCUUUUUGAUAGCCAACAUCUGCAACUUGUCCUUAGGUGGGCAGCUACUAACUUUAGAUGAGAUAAAAAAGGAGCUGACUUUUCAUACUUGCC